AUGAAGCUACACGCCGUCCUCGCGUUAGGUGCGGCCAUCCAGUCUACGUCCGCGGCUGCAGUGCCCUACGACGGUCAAGUUCCUUUGGCUGAACGCCCAUCAAAUAGCAAACCCUCACUGCCACAGGCCGAGAAAUUUCUCAUCGAACUGGCACCGUACGAUACACGUUGGGUAACCGAGGAAGAGAAGUGGGAAUUGAAACUUGAUGGAGUGAACUUCUUGGAUAUCACCGACGAGAACAAGUCCAACUUCUACCCCAAAUUCUUCCGAAGCAACGCCGUGCAAUAUCCCACCAAGCUGGUUCACAAUGACACUAUCAACUCGUUGGCCAAAAAUCUAGAUAAGCAGAACAUGCAUCGCAAUCUGGAAAAAUUCACUUCUUUCCAUACGAGAUAUUACAAGUCAGAAUAUGGUGUCGAGUCCGCAACCUGGCUGUACAACCAAGUGAACGAAAUUGUCCAGAAAUCCGGCGCUGCAUCUUAUGGCGCAACGGUGGAGAAAUUCGCGCAUCAAUGGGGACAGUUCAGCAUCAUUGCGCGCAUCCCCGGACAUACAAAUAAGACUGUUGUUCUUGGCGGGCAUCAGGAUAGCAUUAACCUCUUCUUGCCAUCUAUCCUUGCCGCUCCCGGUGCCGAUGACGAUGGAAGCGGAACUGUGACGAUCUUGGAAGUCCUGCGUACGCUACUUCUUUCGGAGGAUAUCGCUACUGGCAAGGCCGCCAACACAAUCGAAUUUCAUUGGUACUCCGCAGAAGAGGGUGGUCUGCUCGGCUCUCAGGCUAUCUUUGCCAAUUACCGACAGAAUGAUCGCGAUAUCAAAGCUAUGUUGCAGCAGGACAUGACUGGUUAUGUGCAAGGCACACUCGAUGCCGGCCACGAGGAGUCUGUUGGUGUUAUUGUAGACUUUGUUGACACGCCAUUGACCCAAUUUAUCAAAGAUGUUAUUACCGAGUACUGCGACAUCCCCUUUGUCGAGACAAAAUGCGGUUAUGCCUGCUCUGACCACGCAUCGGCCAGUCGUUACGGCUAUCCUUCAGCUUUUGUUAUCGAAUCCGAGUUCCAAUACAGCGAUAAGCACAUCCAUUCGACGGACGACUUGAUCAAGUACUUGAGCUUCGAUCAUAUGAUCCAACAUGCCAAGAUGAGCCUGGCUUUUGCUUAUGAACUUGCAUUUGCGCCUCUAUAA